CGGAAUCUGCAGGUCAAGGGAAAAUUGAAAAUCUGGAUCGGUCAGGAGAAAAACUCAUUCACAACACCGGAAAGUGAGCCGCGGUGACGCAGGAUGAGGAAGGCGGCGUUCGGCGCACUCGCUGGGAACUGAGUAGAGGAACGGAAAAUGGCGGACCUCGAAGACGUUACGCUGGACGGGAGACCGCUCCAGUCCCUCCGUGUAGCGGACCUCAAAGCGGCUCUGGAGGAGAGGGGGCUGUCGAAAAGCGGCCAAAAGAAUGCUCUCAUUAAAAGGCUUAAAGGGGCCCUCAUGCUGGAGAAUUUGCAGAAGACCUCUACUACACAUGUUGGACUGCAGCCCAACUCUCAGAUUGGCGAGGAAAUGAGCCAGAACAGUUUUAUCAAGCAGUAUCUGGCUAAGCAACAAGAGCUCCUGAGGCACCGUCUGGAGAGAGAGGCUCGUGAAGCAUAUGAGACAAAUGAGCAAGAGGGCCACACACAGGUUAACAACAGUACAUCUUGUCCUCCUCCCACCCAGGAAGUCACACCAGCCGGGCAGCACAAGCCACCUGGGCCCUCCGAUGGAGAGGGAUUUCUUGGUUCAGUUAAUGCAGGUCAGGGAAACAGGAAUCAGGAGGCAGAUGUGUCCAGUCCCCCUGCUUCUGGCUCUAUGGCCAUGCGAGCUCCUGCUUCAGAGCAGCGGUCAGAGCGAGGCUCUGCUUCCAGCGAAGUUGCAGGGGACAGUGACGACGAUGACAGCGAGGAGGAUGGUGACGAUGAUGAAGACUGGGACAACAGCGCUCCAAGAAGAAGUCUGAGAGAGCCAGCCAGAGUGCCGGCAGCACGGUCCGGUGCAGCGCAUCACCCACAACCCCAACAGCAGCACAUCCCUUCCCUUUUAUCUCCUCAGCUCCGCCAGCCAACACCUCCUCCGUCCCCACCUCCAGAAUUGUCUUUCCCCUUGCCUGACACCCCUAAACAGAGCCCGCCUAGUCCCCCUGUCGCCGCUGCCAGGCACUCGCCCAGUUCCUCCAGCUCGGGCUCCUCCAGCAGCGACAGUCGCAGUAGCAGUCCAGAACCACAGAGAAGUGGCCACGCUGAGCGUAAGCCUGGCCCACUUACCCUUCUGGCGCGUAAAAUGGAGUCUGAGGGUGCCUUCUCUGGAGGACAUUGGCAUGGCACUGAUGGUGAAGGUGUUAAGCAAGACAGCAGUUCACCUAUGGCUUUUCCUGGCAAAGGGCCUCCAGACGGCAUGGGUUCUACCAGUAUACUUCCAGGCACACAUUCAGCCCACAUCCAAAUACCUGUGAGUAUACGCAAGCCCGCUGUAGCUGAAGAAAGAGACAGGGAGAGGGUGAUUGAGAUGGAAAGACAAAAUACACUUGAGCUGGAAAGGCAGGAAAAACUGAGACAACUAGAGCAAAAACGAGCUGCAGAGGAAGAGCGAGAGAGAGCCAUCGCACUAGAACAGGAGAGGGUUGAGCGACAGCAGGCCUUUGAAAGAGAAAAGGCUUUGCAGCGAGAGCUUGCUCAAGAAAAAAUGAGACGGGAGAUGGAAGAAGCCUUGGCUAAAAAAAGGGAGGAGCAAGAGAGAGCCAUGGAACUAGAAAGGCAGAAAGAGCUUGAAAGGGAGAGAGUGUUGGAGGAAGAACGUCUACAGAAAGAGAGGAAGGAGAAGGAAAAACGGAAACAAGAGGAGAUGGAGAGGGCGAUGGAGCUAGAAAGAGCCAAGGAGAGAGAACGGGCUCUUGAGCAGGAGAGGUUUGAGAAAGAGCAAGCUCUGGAAGCUGAAAGAAGAGAGAAGGAAAAGCUAGAGAGAGAUAAAGCUGCUGAGCAGGAGAGAUUGGAAAAGGAAAGGAUUGAGAGAGAAAAAGCUCUCGAGAAGGAAAGAUUGGAAAAGGAAAGGAUUGAGAGAGAGAAAGCUCUCGAGAAGGAGAGAUUGGAAAAGGAAAGGAUUGAGAGAGAAAAAGCUCUCGAGAAGGAGAGAUUGGAAAAGGAAAGGAUUGAGAGAGAAAAAGCUCUCGAGAAGGAGAGAUUGGAAAAGGAAAGGAUUGAGAGAGAAAAAGCUCUCGAGAAGGAGAGAUUGGAAAAGGAAAGGAUUGAGAGAGAAAAAGCUCUCGAGAAGGACAGAUUGGAAAAGGAAAGGAUUGAGAGAGAAAAAGCUCUCGAGAAGGACAGAUUGGAAAAGGAAAGGAUUGAGAGAGAAAAAGCUCUCGAGAAGGAGAGAUUGGAAAAGGAAAGGAUUGAGAGAGAGAAAGCUUUCGAGAAGGAGAGAUUGGAAAAGGAAAGGAUUGAGAGGGAAAAAGCUCUCGAGAAGGAGAGAUUAGAAAAGGAAAGGAUUGAGAGAGAGAAAGCUUUCGAGAAGGAGAGAUUGGAAAAGGAAAGGAUUGAGAGGGAAAAAGCUCUCGAGAAGGAGAGAUUGGAAAAGGAAAGGAUUGAGAGGGAAAAAGCUCUCGAGAAGGAGAGAUUGGAAAAGGAAAGGAUUGAGAGGGAAAAAGCUCUUGAGAAGGAGCGAUUGGAAAAGGAAAGGUUAGUGAGAGAGAAAGCUCUCGAGCAGGAGAAAUUAGAAAAGCAAAGAAUUGAAAGAGAGAAAGCUGCAGAGUUAGAGAGAAUUGAGAGAGAACAAGCUUUACAACAAAGAAUAGAAAGAGAAAAGGCUCUAGAGCAAGAAAAAUUGGAGCUGGAGAAGAAGGAAAAAGAACUAAUUGAGAGAGAGCAAGCAUUGGAAAAAGAGGAAAGACAAAGAAGAGAGAGAGAGGAAAACAAGCAGGCUGAGAGACAGACAGCUCUGGAACAAGACAAAAUGCAGAAAGAAAGAGCUGAAAAGGAAAGGACACAUCAAAUCAAGAGAGAAAAGGCUUUAGAACUGGAGAAAGUAGAAAGAACACAGGCUCCGGACAAGGAGAAGGCUCUGGAACAGGAAAGAUUGGAGAAGGAGAAAGCCAAGAAGAUGGUAGAGCCACAGAAGAAGGCACUGCAACAUGAAAAAGAGAGAGGGAGUAACCUUUUGCCUCCAAUAAGUGGCAGUGAGCUGGGUGUCACUGCCCAGCCUGCCCCAAACCAGAAAGACUUCCAUCCUCCGUUGGCCCAGAGUGAAGCCCAACCCGUAGACUCUGGUUCCACGCCUCUUUCUCCACAAUCAUCACUUAAGAAGUUUCGCUUCUUCAGGGACUCUCCAGGACGACCUCAGUCCAGUUCGACCUCUAUCGUUAUCAAGCGGCCCCGUACAUUUUCGGAUACACCCCAGCCUCGGGUAUCCCCCGUCACCUUACCUACCAGUGCUGGGGAGCAAAAAUCAGGAGGACACCUGUCCUCAACUGACCAGGAAGACACACAGAUUCAGUCCAAGCAGGAUGUUACCGCUGCAUCUGUAGGUUCUACAGGGACUGGUUCUGACAGCCUGAAUGCCAAUCGAACAACAGUGAACCUAGUUCCCAGAGAAGAAGGAUCCAAGGUGGAGAAAAUUGAGGCAACAUUGCCAAAGACUGGAGAGUCUGUUGAGGGGAAGGAUGGUAGAAAAGACUCUUCAAUCCCUGAAGAUAAGAGGGGUAGAGAGGCAAAAAAAGCAAGACGAUCAUCGUCCAAUGAUUCCUCUUCUUCAGAAUCUGGGUCAUCGUCAUCUCGAUCAUCUGGUUCAUCCUCAUCUUCUGAAGAUAAACUGAUCUCUCCCUCCAGGAGUAGAAGGGAGGAGAAACGUGAAAGAGGCUCAUCACGAAUUCCUGUGGAGGCAGCCGAGUCUCAGUCUGAGGAUUCAAAAGAGAGCCCAAAGGUCUCCCCUUCUGAAAAAGAACUGCCUGUAGACAGGAUUAACACUGCUGAUGGAGAUGUUCGCACUACAAAUCAAGCGACCAAGGCAACAAGGACAGAGGAUGCAAACAGGAAGAGAAAACACAGUGAGGUGGAAGAAGAAAAGCAACAACUAAGGCAGGAGAAAGAGGCUGCAGUGGCAGAUCCAGAAAAGUAUUCCGAGUCCAGCGAGGAGACGCCGAAGGCUUUCUCCGCACGUAAGAUCUCCCUUAGCACUAGUAAACCGUCUCCAGGCAGCGCAGAGGUGGAACAUGAGACCGGGGCCGUGGCAGGUCGCAAGAGGAGGUGGGGGUCCAGCACAGCCGUCACUGCCAAAAAACCUUCCAUCAGCAUCACCACUGAAUCGCUCAAGUCCCUGAUUCCUGACAUCAGGCCGCCUGUAGGCCAGGAGGCUGUAGUCGACCUACAUCCAGAGGAAGCUGCUCUGUCUGGGACUGAGGAUGAAGACCGGGAGCGUUCUGACCAGGACCUUCAGAUCCGACGCACCGUCACACAGGUGGUGCCUAUUGAAAGCCAGGAGAAUGGACAAAAAGAAGCAAAAACAAUGAGGCGGGGAGACUUUGAGGAAGAGGAUUCUCAGGUAGAAGGGGAAAGUAUAACAGCCCAUGAGGAGCAGAUGGACACGUCUCUCCCAGCUGCUGUGGAGACUCAGUCGCCAACACUAGCGAGCCAAGAUACUGAAACCAACACUGUGACACCCAGCGACACCCUCAUUCGUCGCUCCAUCAGCCAGCAGAAAACAGGCGUUUCCAUUACUAUUGAUGACCCGGUUCGCACAACAAGGCAACCUUCACCACCUCGAGGCGAAGCCUCCAGCAUUAUUCACAUCUGGAACCUGGUAAGGCCAUUCACACUCGGCCAGCUGAAGGAACUGCUCAGCAGAACUGGCACUCUGGUGGAGGAGGGCUUCUGGAUCGAUAAAAUCAAGUCCCACUGCUACGUCACUUACUCAAGUAUUGAAGAGGCAGUCGCUACACGGGCAGCUCUUCAUGGAGUGAAAUGGCCUCAGAGCAACCCAAAGGUUCUUAGAGUGGACUUCUGCCAGCAGAAUGACUUGGACUACCAGAGAAACUCCUCGGUUACAGCCGACAAACCCGGAGGAGAGGACACAGGACCUGCCCCAGGACGAGGACGAACAUCAGGCCUUCCCUCUCUUCUCCCUGAGCGGGACCAGUGGGCUGAGCGCGAGCGGGAGAUGGAGCGCAGAGAACGGGCCCGAGCAGAACGGGAAUGGGAUCGAGACAAGGUUAAAGAGUUUGGGAAAGCUGGAGAAGAGAGGGAGGGAGGUCCCCAAAGGUCGCAGUCCAGAGAGAGACGACGAAAGGAGAGAGGAAAGAGCAAGGAGAAGAAGAUAGAAAAGAAGGCCGAGGAUCCCCCUGCAAAGCUGCUGGAUGACUUGUUCCGCAAAACCAAAGCGGUUCCCUGCAUUUAUUGGCUCCCACUCACAGAGGAACAGUUUCUUCAACGUGAAGCUGCUCGAGCAGAACGGGUAAAAGAGCGCGAGGAACGGCGGAAAGAACGUGAGAAAAAAAGGAAAGAGGAAGAAGAGGAGGAGGAGAAGAAAAGGGAAGAGGAGCGCAAGGAGAGAACGAAAGCCGCAGGCACCUCUACAGGAAACCGGAGUGAGGGUGAGAAGGACAAGGGCCGAGACCGGGAAAGGGGCAGAGGUCGAGACAGAGACAGGGAGAACGACAAACGCAGGGACGGGUACCGUAGGCCAGGGGGCAGCGGAGCGGCCUCCGGCCGGCGCUCACGCAGUCGGAGCGAACCAAGAGAAAGGAGGCGCUGAUGGAACUGUCAUGGAGACCACCCUCCUGCAUUUGCCUUUCACUACAUGUACUUUGUUACAACAAAGACCCAACAGAGGACCAAUUGAUGUCAUUUCCAUCUCCAAAAGUCAUUUUUUUAAAGCACAUCUACGCCCCCAGUCAUGCUAAAGGAGACCAGGAUGUGUGCAGUGUCGUUUUCCAGAGUGUCUCAAUCAUUUUCUUUAUGCCUUUGCCAAUCUCUUCUUUCAGUCUUUGUCCUGAUGGCGUAGCAGAAUGGCACACUGGACAGUUUCAAAAUACUACAAAGUCCACUUUUUCUUCAAAGUGUAGAUGCUGAUUCCUAAUUUCUAAGCAGCAGUUGACACUUCUGGGGUGAGCGUCCUGCGAUUUGCUGAGAACUUCCUUUGUUGCUGCAUGUAGUACAAGGCUACGUUUGCCAGUCUUGCCUAAAGAGAAAAUUUGAUCUUCUGCGCAGAGGCUCGCAGAAAUCCGAAAAUAUCCAAAUCCAUGUUCUGCAUUUUGUACAGACUUACAAUAUCUGCAAAAUCAAGUCUUUAAAUAAGGCAGCUCUGGUUUAUUUUUCACUUAGUGUAAAAACUACUAAGACAAUGCAGUGUUCCUGUUUCUCUGUUAAGAGAGGAGAUAAUUCUCUGUGGGAGAGAAUCCAUCACAACUAACCCAAGUUCGGAUUAUGUCCUCAUUGAACCUCUUCUGUCCAUCUUUCCCUCCUCCAAUCCGGUUCCCUAAUCCUGGCCUGUCAGUACAGGCCUGAGAGGGGAGGUCGCGUUAUGUUUUCCCACCAAUGGUUUUAAUAUUGUUUUUUUAAUCGUUAUUUUAUCAUUUUAGUACAAAGAUUUCCUUUUGUUUUUAAUUCUUUAAGUACGCCUAUAAGUGGUGAAUGUACAAAUAAUAAAAAAAUUGAAGUUUGAAA